AAAGUGUGAGGAACGAGAAAGGGUGUCCCGUCCGCACUAGCACAGACUGCACUGAACAGCUGCAGCCUAGGUUCACAUAGAGUUUCACAGCAUUGCGAGUAGUACACAUAUAAUUUCAUCCCAAAACCUAUAGAAUAACGUUCACACUAACCAAAUAUUAAAAUGGUUGAUCGCGAGCAGCUGGUGCAGAAAGCCAGGCUGGCUGAACAGGCUGAAAGGUAUGAUGAUAUGGCAGCUGCCAUGAAAUCGGUAACAGAGCUGAAUGAGGCGCUAUCUAAUGAGGAGAGGAACCUCCUGUCUGUGGCCUAUAAGAAUGUGGUCGGGGCCCGUCGUUCCUCUUGGAGGGUGAUCUCUAGCAUCGAGCAGAAGACUUCUUCAGAUGGAAAUGAAAAAAAGAUUGAGAUGGUUCGGGCCUACAGAGAGAAGAUUGAGAAGGAGCUAGAGACUGUGUGUCAGGACGUGCUCAACCUGCUGGAUAACUACCUGAUCAAGAACUGCAACGAGACGCAGCACGAGAGCAAGGUGUUUUACCUGAAGAUGAAAGGCGACUACUACCGCUACCUGGCUGAGGUGGCCACGGGCGAGAAGAGGGCCACCGUCAUUGAGUCAUCAGAGAAGGCUUACAACGAGGCCCAUGAGAUCAGCAAAGAGCACAUGCAGCCCACCCACCCCAUCCGCCUCGGCUUGGCUCUCAACUACUCUGUGUUUUACUACGAGAUCCAGAAUGCCCCUGAGCAGGCCUGUCAUCUGGCCAAGACCGCCUUCGAUGACGCUAUUGCUGAGCUGGACACCCUGAACGAGGACUCCUACAAAGACUCAACUCUCAUCAUGCAGCUGCUCCGAGACAACUUAACACUGUGGACAAGUGACCAGCAGGAUGAUGAAGGAGGGGAGGGCAACAAAGAUUAAUAAACCACACUUAGAAAAAAUAUAUAAUGAAGGGCCGGUGUGCUUUGGCAGGCGCUUUUGCUGAUGAUCGUACCGCAGCAGCACUUCUUUAUUUUUCCAUGUGUUAAAAGAAAAGAAUCAAAAGAAAGGGGAGGGGAGGUUACAUCCUAGGCUAAUAUAUAUAGAUAUAUAUAUAUAUGGUUGAAUGGGCCUCCGUCUUCUUGAUGUUUAUCUUUGACAUUUGCCAAAACCACUGAAAUGUCAGUCAAUCCUGAAGUGGUUGUUGUUGGAUUGGUUUGGCAGGACUGGUGUCGUACCAAGGGAAGCUGCUUAGUUAGGUUUAUGCAUGAUAGAGAUGCAGACACUUGAGGAAGGGGGGAAGUUUGCAGAUAGUUUGCAAUGGUUCCAGUACUAGCAACUCAGCCACUUUUCAACCUCAUAUUCAUUAUCUCAGCACCAAACCAGUGUCUACUUAUGUGAAAACAUCGCGUUUCUAUGAUCUGUGGUUAAAAAGAUAAGAAGAAAGGUCCUAAAAGGACAGCGGAGUCAUUCACCACCUUCCGGAGACACCUGAAACCCCACCUCUUUAAGGAAUACUUAGGAUAGGAUAAAGUAAUCCUUCUCACCCCCCCUUCCCCCCUUAAAAUAUUUAGAUGCACUAUUGUAAAGUGGCUGUUCCACUGGAUGUCAUAAGGUGAAUGCACCAAUUUGUAAGUCGCUCUGGAUAAGAGCGUCUGCUAAAUGACUUAAAUGUAAAUGUAAAUGUAAAAAAUGAUUCUGUGACAUCACAGAAUUUCUAGCCAGAGAUGGGUUCUUGCUCCCCACAUCACCGGAAAUCUCAGUGUUUGAAAAUCACUUUUUUUUAUGUGAAUUUGAUCAUGAAUUAUGCCCAUAUUUAAGAUUGCUCUAUUUUUUGUUGUUGUACCUAAUGAUCAAUGAAAACUUGCUCGGUAGGUCUGUCCUCAUUGUGGUUUUACAGACGUGUUUAAUACGUCUUAAUAACACACUUCAUUCGAAUAUUUAUGAAAUGCGUAUUUGGUAGCACUUAUUUGUUUUUCCUUCACCUCCAACCCCUUUCGAUGCGUGAAACGGAUGUGGGUGGGGCCAGGUCUACAUAAAGGUGCUAGUUUAAAAAACCUCCCAAAAGCUCUGACGAAGGCCGUGAGGCCGACACGUAAGCUUAUUAAAGAUCAGUGAUACCAUCAAGAGCAGUGUUUCCUUUUUCAUUCAAAAUCACUGUUUUUAAAAUGUUGACACUUUUGAUGUCAUCGGGUGGAACAUUAAAUUUAAGUCAACAAAACAUACAAAUGCGCCAUUUUCACAUAUGUAAACAUUGGUUUAGUGCUGGAGAUAAUGAAUAUGAGGUUUGAAAAGUUGCGGAGUUGCCCUUUAAGAUGUAUCACUCACUCUUGAAGGGAGUGCAGGACAGCCAAGAAAAUGCAAAUGGUAUUAAUCUGACCAAAUCAACUAGAAAAAGUCAAAUGCAGAUGUUUUGUUAAAAUUUUGGAUGUUUAUUGUAAAGGAUAAUAUACUGUUAUCAAUUUACUCUUUCACAUGACUUCUAGUUUUAGGUAUAUUUGGCAUUAAAUCCAAUGUGACUGUCCUCUGACAGCUCUAAAUAUGAUACUGGAACCAUGGCUUCAACUCCAAUAGAGUCUAUCUAAAGGCAGAGACAGUUUAAAACAGAAACAUGAUCUUAAAGCAGCUGCAGAGUUUGGUUUACUUCUGUGUUUGUUUUAUGAAAUGCACUUGCCUACUAUACUGUUUCUUCAGUGUAAGAUGAUUACUACAAUAAUAUCAAUUAUUCAGUAUUGUGCAUGCUGGUGAAGUAUUUAAACAUACAGUAGCUUGACUUUAACUUAUACUGUGGGUGUUAAGUAUUCAAAUGAUUGAGAAAACAUAGGCUUUGUCUGAUUAUUUCUUAUUUAUAACUUAUUCAUAUUUUGUUUUUAUUUGCUAUAUCAAAAUGUUGAUCGUAAAAAUGGACAUGUUAUGAGCAUUGCUAUAGUGUCAUGCAAUAUGUAUUUAAUUUGUUAAUGGCAGGGGGAAAAACACACCAGUGAUUUGCUUCAUCUUACCAACUGGUGUUUGUCAUGUUAAAUUAUAAUAAUGGCUUUGUCACAUUAAAUUAUAAUAAUGGCUUUGUCACAUUAAAUUAUAAUAAUGGCAUUGUAAAACAAAUACUUUUCUUUGAACUAUUUGAUUACUUAUUUUGUCAUGUUAUUAACCAGCUUGAACAAUGGUGAAGUUUUCAGAAUCUGUUUCUGUUAUGAAUUCACAACAUGGACCACAAUAUAUUUCUGACAGUAUACAUUUUUUUGGUUUGUUUUUAUACCUUUUAGCUGUUUGAGUGACGAAUAUCUUGAAUGUGAGUCCUUAUGUAGCAGUUGCACAAGAAACGAGAACUAUGAUGCUAAUUUUAAAAAACUAUAUGACAAUUCUAAAUGCACCAUUUCCAUGGCAGUCUGGUGUAUUGUUGUGAUGUCACUAAGUCGACGUGUGUUUUGUUGUAACCUCUUGUGUGCUGCUAGUAUGCUAUUCUUGAAAUAGUUGAUUCAGUAUACUCCAUAGGCAUCCUCCAUAACCAUAUAUGGAAAAAGAGAAUUAUAACAACACAGUAAAAACCCACUUAUGCUUUUAGAUCUACACAAACUUGCAUGACUCAGUGCAGUGAAUGCACAUUUAUGCUCAUGUAAUAUAAUGCAAAAGCUAGUCAAAUAAUAGCUGGCUAUUAGGACUUCAGGUUGAAGCAAACAGGGAGAGUCAUUUGUCAUACACUGUUAACAUUAUUUACCACCGAGGGCUGAAUGUUCCAACUGAAUGAUUCCCACGAGGACAAAAGAACAGAUCUAAAUGAUCUAGGACUUUAACAGUGUCAAAAAAUGCCACCCUCUUCCCUAUAUAGUGCACUACUUUUGACCAGAGCCCUAUGGGCUCUUGGCCAAAAGUAGUGCACUAUAGGCAAUAGAGUGCCAUUUGGGACGCCAUUUAUUCUUUAACUCAUUGUACAUCUCUCAUCCUCUGAGCUAACCAUGUAUCCGAAUAGAUAUUUCUGAGGAUGUUGUUUUCCAUUUUGCUGCUAUGUUCUAGAUUUGAUUAGAUUUAUAAUCUUGAUCAUAAUUGGCCAAAACUCAGCAAUUUAUUGAUUUUUUUUAUUUUAUUUUAUUUAUUUUUUGGUCUACGACAUUAUCUGGCCAUUAUCUGCCCUGGACACACCUCAAGGUGUUUGGGUUUGCCGAUUUAGAUAUUUAUAUUCAUAAACCUAGGGUGUUACGUUAUGCCAUUCAUCUAGUGCCAUCAACAGAAAGACUGUGUUAUACCUUCCAUUUUUGCCAUGCUAAUCUAAGAACGGUUAACACAUGUCAUUUAGUAAGUACAGUUAACACAUGUAAUUGAACCUGGUACUUCAUGCAUUUACAGUCCCUUCUGGUAUACAAGGCCACUUUGGAACCCUGUAUGUUACUUUUCCCUCUGUAUGUCAACAGAUGGCGAGAGUUAACAAUUCAGAUUGCUUUUCCUCUGAAAGAAACUUUAAACUAUCAUUUGCUUGGUGUAGAUUUUUGGACACAUCAGAAGGGAUGGUUCAUUCAUUAAGUACAUGUUUGGUUUGUUUUAUUUAUUUUAUUUUCAAUUUGUUCACUCAGAUCCUUGUCUGUAAGUUCAGGCAGAACACCACUGUAACAUGUAUGCUCUCUUUUCUCUGAAAUUAAAUUAAACUUCCAUUGAAUCAA